UCUAUUUUAUUUUGCAUUAGAGUCUUGUGAUAGGCCUAUAUUUGAGAAUGCUGGAACUAAAAAUAAUAGCACGUGGUUUAAACUCAAUGAUGAAAUAGACUACGAAUGCCAUAUUGGAUAUGAUAACAAAUAUAAACAUACCAAGGGCUCCAUAACAUGUACAUAUGAUGGAUGGUCUGACAUACCUUCAUGUUAUGAAAGAGAAUGCAACAUCCCCUUACUAUCACCACACUUAUUCGUCAAUCCCAGGAAUGACAAAUAUAAAGUUGGAGAUUUGUUAAAAUUUUCUUGCCAACAAGGACACAGAGUUGGACCAGAUUCAGUGCAAUGCUACCACUUUGGAUGGUCUCCUAGUUUCCCAAUAUGUAAAGUAGGUCAAGUAGAAUCAUGUGACCAACCUCCUGAACUCCUCAAUGGGGAAGUUAAGGGGACAAAGAAAGAAGAAUACAGCCAUGAUGACGUGGUGGAAUAUGUUUGCAAUCCUAGAUAUCUACUGAAGGGACCCAAUAAAAUCCAGUGCGUUGAUGGGAAGUGGACAACCUUGCCGAUAUGUGUUGCUAUAGAGGAGAAGAGAACAUGUGGAGACAUACCUGAACUUGAGCAUGGCUCUGUACACUUUUCUAUUCCUCCCUACAAUCAUGGAGAUUCAGUGGAGUUCACCUGCUUGGAAACAUUCACAAUGAUUGGAAGCGGGUCAGUUUCAUGCAUUAGUGGAAGGUGGACCCAGCUUCCACAAUGUGUUGCAACAGAUCAACUGGAGAAGUGUAAAGCACCAAAGGUAACUGGUGUGGACAGAAUUCAACCCAAUAAGAAAGAAUUUCAUCAUAAUGUUAGCAUGGGUUACAAAUGUAGAGGAAAGAAGGAGUAUAAACACUCAACCUGCAUCAAUGGAAGGUGGGAUCCUGAGCCAACCUGUAGAGAGGAAGAAUCCUGCCCUCCUCCACCACAGAUUCCAAAUGCCCAAGUGAUGCAAACCACAGUGAAAUACCAGGAUGGAGAAAAAGUAUCUGUUCUUUGUCAAGACAAUUAUGUAAUACAGGACACAGAAGAAAUGGUGUGCAGAGAUGGAAGGUGGCAGUCAUUACCAUGCUGCAUUGUGAAAAUUCCAUGUUCCCAGCCCCCUGAGAUAGACCACGGAUCUAUUAAAUUACCUAGAGUGUCAGAAGAAAGGAGAGACAGAGUGGAGUCCAGAAUUCAUGAACACGGCACUACACUCAGCUAUGUUUGUGAGGAUGGUUUUAUAAUGGCUGAGGAACACGGGGCAACCUGCAACAUGGGAAAGUGGAGUGCUCCACCUCGUUGUGUUGGACUUCCUUGUGGACCUCCACCUUCAAUCCAUCAUGGUAUUGUGUCUCAUGAACUAGACAGUUACCAACAUGGAGAAGAGGUGACAUACAAUUGUGCUGAAGGCUUUGGAAUUGAUGGACCAGCAUUGAUUAAAUGUUUAGGAGGAAAGUGGUCCCAGCCACCCACUUGCAUGGUAACAGAUUGUGACAAUUUGCCCAGGUUUGAAAAUGCCAUACCCCAAGAAGAGGAAAAAUAUUCAUAUAGGUCAGGUGAACAAGUGACAUUCACAUGUGCACCUUCUUAUCAUAUGAAUGGAUCCAACACUGUGACAUGUGUUAAUCGCGAGUGGAUUGGAGAGGUGGUAUGCAAAGAUUCAACAGGGAAAUGUGGGCCUCCUCCACCUAUUGACAAUGGAGACAUCACCUCCUUCCCAUUGCCAGUAUACGCACCAUUAUCAUCAGUUGAAUAUCAGUGCCAGCCCUUGUACCAACUGCAGGGCAACAAGAAAAUAACAUGUAGAAAUGGAGAGUGGUCAGAGCCACCAAAAUGUUUACGUGCAUGUGUAAUACUAGAAGAAAUCAUGGAAAGACAUAACAUAACUUUAAGAUGGAAAGAAAGGCAAAAGCUAUAUUCUCUAUCAGGGGAUGAGGUUGAAUUCCAGUGUAAAUAUGGAUAUAAACAGAUAAAAACAUCACCUCCACUCCGUACAAUGUGCGUUGAUGGUCACAUCAAUUAUCCCAGUUGCUCAAAAUCACUUCUUGGUUUAGUGAUGAAUGAGUCUUUGUUUAGAAUGUGCAUGAAUAUUAAUAAUAUAGUUUCAAAAAUUUAUGUUUGA